AUGUCUGCUAUUGGUGAAGAAUCACAUUUCGAUCGUGAUGACGAUGCAGCGUCUAAUUGGUCAUUCGAUGCCGAAACAGAUCGCAAGCGUAUGCAGGAGUUUCCGCCACUAGACUGUCUGAUGGAUCUUGAGGCGGAUGACGAAGAUGAGAUCCGGGCAUUCAUGGAUGUACACGGCUCCAAGCAAUUCGGAUCAAAGACUUAUGAACAUUUGGCACCUGAAGUCAUUGGUUUAACAGGUGGAGACACAGCGGGCAUCUCGUUCAGUCCUAACAAGACCAAUCCGGAAACCGAAGAACCUGUCAGUGAAGCCAACGUCAUUCAGCUGACUGAAUACCCCCCAAAGAUUCUCCACCAUCGAGGUUUUAUGGCAUCAGUCAUCAAGGUUGGACACAGCACAUUGAUACGUGCAGUCAAAUGUCUUCAGUCAUUGGAUUCCGCCGACAUUCCGCCUCUCACUCUCUCGGAAGACGACCAGGAUACUAUCCUCGAAGUCUUCGAAUGCAUAGAGCCCCGUAUUCCAGCAGAAGUCGAGACCGAACUUGCAGAAUUCCGCAAAGCCGUCACUGAAGCAUUUACUUCACAAGUAAAGACAGGUCGAUUUCAACUAGAUCUCGACUCGAUUCCCGCUCUUCGAAGUCACAGUACAGAGAUACAAGAUAACAACGGCGAUAUCAAGUCUUUCUUCCGAGAUCUUGCGCGAUGUAAUCUUAAGUGUCGAGAAUGGGUAAUUAACGGGCGAUUAUGUCAUGCUGCUCUACAGCGAGAUCUCCAACCUCAUGAGCAAGCCGAUCUGAUGUCACCAUCUUUUUUGGAAGAAAUGAAUCAAUAUACAAGCCUGGAAGGCUCUGAUAAACCUUGGACCUCUACCACCGAGCAGGACCACAAGCAAGGCAAAGGGAUAAUCAGACCAUCUUCAGUUUACAGCUACCGAGAUCCCCUGUUCAUCAAUUUCAGGAAUGGUCAGCCCCCGAUUUCCAACCACAAUCUCUUCCCAGGAUACUCCCACUUUCCAUGGCUCCACGAGACGAUGGAUCCUGAGAUGAUAGGGGAGAUUCGAUCGCUUUCGCAAGGACAAAGUUCUGCCAAUACAGCAGCCGAAAUAUCUAAGAGGUCUACGGAACGUGCUGUCGCCAGCGGAAUCCCUGAGGCAGUUGCUGCGGAAACUAUUGCUGCUCAUUUCAACAGGAUCACUCCAGAAGAAUUCCUUGAAGAGGAGUCACAUAGGCUACAGAGGUGCCCUUUUCACUGA